CAUUAUGAAAUGACAAAACAUGUGUUUUUAGCCUUGCAUUUGGGCGCUGGAUAUCACGAUCCUAAUCUUUAUAAUGAUUAUAAAGUUUUAGCAUCGGAUGUUUGUUAUAAAGGUAUUAAAUCGUUAUUAAAAGAAAAUAUUGGAAAUGAUGUGAUAAGUUAUGUUUUAAAGUUAUUAGAGAACUCUCACUUAAAUAAUGCUGGAUAUGGGUCAAAUUUAAACAUUAAUGGGGAGGUUGAAUGUGAUGCAUCAGUUAUGGAAGGGAAAUUUGGCUACUGGGGUAGUGUAGGAGCCUUGAAAAGGGUCAAAAAUCCUAUUGCAGUAGCAAAUCAAAUUUUAAAGCGCCAAAUUGAUUCAAGAUUACAUAAGAAUACAAAAUUACUUCAACCAUGUAUGUUAGCUGGUGAUGAAGCUUACAAAUGGGCUCAAAGCUGUUGUAAAUCUAUAAGCACUUCCAAUGGUAAAGAUUUGAUUACAGAUAAAACUUAUGAAGAUUAUGAAAAAGCUAUGAUGAUGCAUCAAGAAGAGAUAAAUCAAUACUCAAUAAAUGGAAUGAAUACAUCUCUUACUGAAUAUCAGAAAGAUACAGACAUUAUUCCUCUAGAUGAAUUAACCAACCCAUUUUACAAAACAUUUCAAAAAUCUAUCAAUGACAAAGACUAUCUCCCACUCUCAGAACCAGACCAAGAAGAAAGCUUGAAUCUAGGUACAGUCGGAGCAAUAUGUUUGGACUCCCAAGGAAACUUUUACUCUGGCAUAUCAAGUGGAGGUCCCAUCCUUAAACAACCUGGCAGAAUCGGACACGUAAUUCUAUUUUUUUAA